AUGUCCGCCCCCCCCCCAAGUCCGCCGCGGAAGAGGUCCAACAUCAGUCAAGCUUGCAGGAACUGCAGGCACCGUAAGAAGAAGUGCGACGGGCAGAAACCCGUCUGCCGGACGUGCCAGGCGUACAAGGCCGACUGGCGUAAGAACAUCUCUCGAUCCGAGGCCAACGCUCUCCGCGCCCGCAUCGCCGAACUGGAGUCGCAACUGCGGCAAUCUCGGUCGCGAUCACCGCCUUCCCUCUCCUCCUCUACCUUCCCCGGGCAAGCAGAUACAACGAUGUGGGACUCACUCGUGGACGUUGCUAUUACCGCCGGUGUUCAACCUGUUGCUUCGCACGAUGCAGCCCCCUUACCGCCCCCAAGUGUGUCCUCCGUGCCGCCUCAGCGCUCAGCCCCCCUUCCCCCUUCGGCCAACCCGCCCCCCGCCCCUCCUGAGAUUGGGGUACCUCCGUCAGACCUGACGAACGGUAUCGCCGCCUCUAUCCUACCUGCCAGGCGUUCGCCAUCAGCAGACGAUCUCGAGGGAUACAUCGGACGUUUGCGCGUUCAUGCCCCUAUGAGUGCUUUCCGUCACGACAGCCUGCCAGAACCGGCGCAAGACGCAACUACCCCUUAUGAGCAGACGGAUGACCGCACUUGGGCCAGAUUUCUACCCGACAGCCUUUUCUUUACUCGCGCACAACAUGACCAAGCUGUGGACCGAUUCUUUCGCUAUGCUGCCAGCUGGGGCCAAAGGGCGACUCCUCACCUGUUCUUCCGCGACAUGGAAAUCGCCCUAUCAACACCACAAGAGUCUGAGCUGCCAGUCGUGGCUCCGAAUUACUCGCCGCUUCUGCACAACAUGAUUCUUGCUGUCGGUCUCGGCUUCGUCGACGACGAGCAUCUGCGUGCACUCGUCACGCGUAGGGUGUUCAUGCAGGAGGGUGACAGGCACCUGAACAGAGAAUGUGCCAACCCGUCUGUGGCCACAGUCCAAGCCCUGGCAAUCAGAGGCUCCUUCAUGAGCACAAUGGGCGACUAUUCGAUAGGGUGGGUCAACCAUGGCCUUGCAAACAGGCUAUGCUACGCCCCCAAAGGCAAGCUGAAGCCUGAGGCCGCUGUCCAGCGCAACGUCACGUUCUGGUCUUGCUACUGCCAGGAGCUAACGUCUGGAGCUCAUGCUAGCCUUCCUUCACCCCGACCUGACCCAGCCACUGACAACGUCAUGUGGAUCUGGCCUCCCGGCAAAUACCAGUCUCUGCCUCCCCAAAAGUCGUACUUGUCCCUCACCUUUGUGCACACGACGCAUCUCAUGCAGAUUGCCUCGCAGAUAUCGCGAACCGUCUACACAGGACGAGCCGAGAAGCUUUCGCUGGUGGAGUCGGGAACAGUCCAGCGCUUUGCUUGGCUCGAGGCUCUUCCUGCCCCUCUGACCCUGGAUGUGAAUCGAUCAGAACCAGUUCUGCCUCAUAUCCUCAGUUUGCAUAUGGGGUGGGCGUGGGUUGUCGCGCUCCUCUACCAACCAUUCUCUCAGGUCAUGCCUUUGCACAGCCACGACGGUUAUCAAAGCAUCGGCACAGUAGCUCUCACCCAUUCCCUGCGCUUCACACCACCGACGACAACAGCGAUCAUCUACUGUGCCGGCACGUGCUUCCUUUUGGCGGCGGCUCAGGCUGCUUCACCCGCGCAAUCCACUGCUGCUUUCCAGAAAGUGUAUGCCGCCUUAGCGUUCCUAGACAAAAUUGGCUCGACCUGGGGCUCGGGACGACGCCAGGCAGGCAUUCUGAGGGAUAUGCUCAAUGAGUGCGCCAAGGCUAGCAUGGAGUUGCCGGCGGUAGUUGGUGACCUGUCUCGCGGCUGGGAAUCAAGCCCAACGGCCAGCUUCCAGUGCAACACCGUGCAAGGUGACGAGGAGUUUGACGCCUUUAUUCAGAGCCUGCUCAGCCAAAGCACUGCGCCGCUAGGUGAAGGCGAUUUCAUGACAGGGCUGGAGGGGUUCCUCUGA